AUGGUUUCGAACCUGCAGGUCAAAUCCCCUGCAGGUGGAGCAAAGAAAAUGCACAUUAACGAACGGCUGGAGCGCCUUCAGAGGGAAGAGAAGAGAAAAAUAGGUCUACAACGUCGUGGUAUCAACAUCUAUGCCACCAAAGAGCCUUCAGCACUAGACAUUGCACGUGAAGGAGAAGGGAAUGAUCCGAAAUCGCCAGUUACCAAAGGAACACCUUCCGCUUUCACCAACCCAAAUAUAACGGCAUCGUCGCCCACUAAGCAAAAUGAGAGGUUGGAAAACAGUUCUCCCAUCGAUACGGAGUUAAACAAGCCCAGUUCUGGUAUCCUUGAAUACCGUAGUACUUAUUCCGUACGCAGCUCCGGUUCCUCCAAACAAAAGGAAAAGAAACAACUGGUACCAGUGGACAACACAGUUUCUUCACCCCUGGUGAAUUCGCAAUAUCGCCCUUGGGAUAGUCAAUCAGGCUCUGAAUUUACUCACAGAUUCACAAAAUGGCUGGGUGCCGUGAGGAUGUUGGAUCGCGUCUGCGUGGAUACGACCAGCCCACUGUUCAACGAUGCAAAUUUCCACUCCGAUGGUGGGCAUGAGAUGAUUGUCUCAGAAGCCAUAGCACCAGCCACACUUCUUAACCUGGCCGAUCCAGAGAAUGCUGAGCAUGCCCAUGAGACAGCUCGUGGUUAUAUUCACAAUUGGAAUGCUAGAAUCGAUCGGGAGCAGGAAGAAAUUAGUUCGAAAAGAGAGAAGAUGGCCUUGCAUAUGAAACUCGCUUUCCAGAACCCUCAGCCCCUGGCGGUAGAGGCUAACCCACACACGCCAAAGGCAAAACUGUACAUCCGACCCGUUGAAAAGAAAGACCUUCCCGGAUUAUUAUACAUCUUCAAUUGGUAUGUUCAGAACACAGUCUCCUGCGUCGAUCUGCACAAACUAUCUGUCCGCGCCAUGAAGGAGCGUGUCGACGAAUGCGAACGCGAGAAGUUUCCAACACUCGUUGCCGUCGAGCAGAAACCCUGCCUGGGUCACGCCCUCAGCGAAGAAAAGGAGAAUAUCUACGGUUACAUCCUCUCAAGCGAUUUCACAGGCCCUGCCACAACUAACCGCUACACUGCGGAAUUGGAAUUGUUCGUUGAUCCCAAAUACUACCGUCUUGGCGUUUGGUAA